AUGGAUAGAAGGCAUAAUCUAGUAGGUCUGGGAAUUGUGUCAGAGAAGCUAACUAAGGAUAACUUUAUAAGCUGGAAAAAUUGCUUGACAAAUUAUUUGGUUGGGAAUGGGCUUUGGGGUGUUGUCUCUGCUCAGGAGAUUGAACCAGAUAAGACAAAUAAACAAGAGCAUGAAAAAUGGAAGAAAAAGAAUGCUUUGGCUUUGCAUGCAAUUCAACUUUCAUGUGGACAAGCAAUAUAUUCGAAGUUUAAAAAUGCCGACAUUAAUGCUAACUACGUAUGGACUCAGUUGGCAGAACAAGGAGAUCAUGACAAAGAAAGUCGAGUCGAAGAUAAUGGGUUGAGCGAGUACCUUGAAUACGGGCCCUUAUACGAGGCAAUUGAAAAAGGUAAUUGGCAUGAUAUAGAAGGUUUCUUUCAGGAAAAGAAACUACCAUUUACUGAAAGUGUUUCAUCACACAAAGAGACAGCUCUACACAUGGCAACUUUAUCUGGACAGACUGAAAUUGCGAAAAAACUUGUAAAAUUGAUGGGCCCAAAAGAGUUAGAAUUGAAAAAUGAACAUGGAGCUACAACCUUAUCUUUUGCUGCAAUCUGUGGUGCGACAGAACUGGCUAAGGAAAUGGUAAGCAAGAACGAAGAAUUAGUUUCAAUAGAAACUGCAGGCCAAGAAUAUGGGGAACUUCCUGUGAUGGUGGCUGCAUUGUAUAGACAGAAGGGCAUGGUUCAUUAUUUAUACAAUAAGACGCCAAAAGAUGUGCUGAGUCCUGAAAAGGGUGCAAAUGGAGUCACACUACUUAAUUAA